GAUUUAUCCACAUGUCUCUUGCUUCUUUUGUUGCCAAUUUUUGAAAUUUGUGGAGGUUUCAUAAUCUUCCAAGCAUCUCAAUCGCGCGAAAUAGCGGUCUCUCGCAACAGCUCUCAACCCCAUGAUGUCCAUAGCAUCCUCGAACCCGGAAAUAUUGCACCGUCUGUCUACUGACGUGGAACCAUCGUCCAGCAUUGACUCCGCCGUAGCGAUGUCUACACUUACCGAAGAGUUCAAGGCAUCCAAGUCCGCAGGAGAAGAGUCUGAAAAUGAGACUCAAACGGAGCAUCAACAUGAAGAGUCCAGCGACCAUAGUAGCUCCGAGAAGCGGUUGACUGAACAGGAUCCAAAAGAUGAGGGGGGAGACGGGGAACCUUUGGAAGAAAGCCAGAUCAAUGUUCAGAAAAGGGGAGACAGAGAGGUCCCAAGUGUCGAAGCUGUCUCACAGCUGGUGAAAGCUAUUCAGCGGAUCCUUCAAGGCAGCUCCACGAAAAUCACUUUCGACAUUAAAGACGGAUCCGAAGAAAAUGGCAAAGGAGAGCAGUUCGAUGAUGAAGAAGAGGAAGGUGAGGGAGAGGAUGGCGAAACAGGUGCAGAGAAAGGAUGUCAAUGUCCGGCAUGUAUCCACGAAAGAAAACACCCCCACAAACGGAUGUCUCAUGCCGUCGAAUUCCUUGACGAUGAAAAUGAGUCCAUCGUAACAAGGCAACGGAAGAAUGCUUUCGACCUCAAUAAGCAAACAAAACGCCUCAGUCCACAAGGACCAUCGACAGCAUUCACCGUAACAACUGUUCUCUCCACCUCGAUUCCUUCGCAUUGGAACCGAUAUUAUCCUAAUGGGGCCCAAGAGUGGAUCACAGACUGGCUGAGGGGAAAAAGAACCAUCCAUCCCGAUUUUCGCACGAUCAAGCUGACCAUCACAUCCCCGGCUAUCACUGGGGCGCUGAGGAGCGUCAUCCUAUAUUACCCGGAUCUUGUCUUGCGCAGCGAUCUGCUAUCUCUAGCGUCCCCAUUCAGUGCAAUUGCUCAACAUAUGGAAAAGCUACAAGAAUACUACGAUGAGCUUGUGAGCCGGGACGACCCUGACAACGGAGCCAAUGCAGAGGGUUCUCAAGAACCCGAAUAUCCGCCCGACCAUCAGAGUGCGUCAACGCUUUGCAACCAGAAAUCAGCUGAGCAUCUUGGCGCAAUCCUUGACUACCUCAAGAGCUCAUGCGGUGAUAGAAUUCGUGCAGAAGAAACUCUCAACAAACAGGGCCUCUGCACGUUUGCCAUGCUUUGGCUCAUAUUCAAACCUGGCACCACAGUGUAUGUGCGGACUCGCCACGAAGGCCUCCCUUCAGCAAUGGUCGUCAAGUCCGUUGAGACAGACCCCGGUAUUAUGUUUCGAAACGAUAACGAGCGCAAACCCUACAAGCUACAUUUAUGGUACCUUGACUUCGAUGGUCGCAAAGUCGGACGACGUCUGCAUGAGAUGGAGUUGGCCCAAUUUCACGGCGAAAAAGAGCUAACAUCCCUGGAGGUCUUCCCAUCGCAUUUCUUAGAUGAUUCUGAUAACUUUGAGACUAGAGCCAAGGUAGUCGAACGAGGGAGAAAGUGGUUCCAGCUUCUGAAGGGAAAGAUGGUUCAGUACCAGGGGCAGUUCAUGGACGAUACGCUCUCCAGACCGUUCGAGGGUAGGGCGUAUGUGGACAGCACAUCCUACUGGCGCCUUCAAGAAGAUACAAGUGAUGAACGUCCGUGUCUUGGAGACGUUGAUAGAGAUUCAUCUAACAUAGGUGGAUGCGCCUGUUCUGUAUGUACAGGCAACAUGUCUGACACGCAACGGCUGAGGCUCCAAAUCUGGAAGUCCUACGACGACAUUGACCCUUUUGAGACCAAAUCACUUGAUCUCAAAGAUGAUAAUACUAUUCCAAGUUUAAGGAUUGAUAAAGAGCACCGCUACUUGAUCUGUACACCCAUGCUAGGAGGACUGGCUCUCAAAAUACGAACAUGGGAGAAGCUUGAUGCAGGCUGUUGCUCAAACAUUGAGCCAAUGACCAAAGCAAUCGAGAACCUGGUAAUGAGCGAGGCAAGGAAAGACAUGAUCAAAGCCCUGCUGCACAAUUACUCCACAGCCUCAGGCAGUUCCAGCCAGGCUCCGGCCACUUGGAGCGCGGAUCUUAUUGAGGGAAAAGGUGACGGAAGGAUAUUUCUGCUACAUGGACCACCAGGUGUCGGAAAGACCUAUACGGCGGAGUGUAUUGCCGAAUACACCGGCCGACCAUUGAUCUCACUUACGUGUGGAGACAUCGGCACAGAGGAAUCAGAAGUAGAAGACCACCUCUCGGAGUGGUUUUCUCUGGGUGAAAAAUGGGGGGCGGUCAUGCUCAUUGAUGAAGCCGACAUUUAUCUCGAAGCCAGGAAACCAGGGGACUUGAAGAGAAAUGGCCUCGUAUCAGUUUUCCUGCGAGCAGUGGAGUAUUACAAGGGUAUUCUCUUCCUCACCACUAAUCGCGUGGGACAAUUCGACGACGCCUUCAUUUCCCGAAUCCACGUGGUCCUGCGCUACGAGAAUCUCAAACUGGAGGAUCGGAAGAGAAUCUGGGAAGGCUUCUUCGAGAAGCUGCAGAGGGAGAGGGGCAGCCAGCUCAAGGUAACCAGGCGCGCCAAGCAGUACAUAUUUGAGGACAGGGAGAUGACCGCCAUUCCUUGGAACGGACGUGAAAUUCGCAAUGCUUUCCAGACUGCUGUCGCCCUUGCGCAGUACCAAUUCGCUAUGCAGGAAGACAAGGAGGAAGGGGAAAGGGCCAUGCUAGACCGGGAGCAUUUCGAAGAGGUCUGUGCCAUGACCACACAUUUCAAGAAUUACCUCAAAAGAGUACACAAGGAGGAUGAACAAGACCGUGCCAUUCGAGCGAAGAACCGAAACGACGAGGACGAAGAAUAAAGAACCAUCGCACAGUUCCCUUCUUGUACACAUCUUGGACGAUACGGGCCUGAU